AUGUUGGACCAAUCAUUUGUGGAAAAUUCCAGCUGGAAGCCAGAUCUUUUCCGGGGCAAGGUGGUGUUUGUUACGGGAGGCGCAGGCACCAUUUGUCGCGUUCAGACCGAGGCCUUGGUGCUUCUUGGAGCCAAUGCCGCCAUUAUUGGUCGCAACGUCGAGAAAACGGAGAAAGCAGCGCUCGAGAUCCAGGGCUUGCGCUCUGGAAGCAAGGUGAUCGGCAUUGGAGGUAUUGACGUGCGCAGUGUCGAGAGUAUUGCUUCGGCAGUCGCUAGGACGGUGGAAGCCUUGGGCCGCGUGGACUUUGUGAUUGCUGGGGCAGCAGGCAACUUCUUGUCUGACUUCAACCACUUGUCAUCGAACGCAUUCAAGUCUGUGGUAUCAAUAGACUUGUUGGGAUCGUUCAACACGGUGAAAGCAGCGUUCCCGGAGCUCCGCCGCAACAAAGGUGCGGUGUUGUUUGUGCUGGCUACUUUGCAUUACUACGGUGUUCCUUUCCAGGCCCAUGUAGGCGCUGCCAAGGCUGGUGUUGAUGCGCUAUCCAAUGCAUUGGCGGUGGAGCUAGGGCCCUUGGGUAUUCGUUGCAACUGUAUUGCCCCCGGUGGAAUUGAAGGUACCGAGGGUAUGUCACGGUUGAUGCCAGACGGUGGUGUGGCGGAAAAGGUGCCUUUGGGAAGGUGGGGCACAACACAAGAUAUUGCUGAGGCGACGGUAUUCUUGUUUUCGCCCGCAGCGUCGUAUGUCACAGGCACAGUCCAGGUUGUGGAUGGAGCCUUUUGGCAAAUGUGCAACCUCACGGCGGGAGUCUACCCGGACGUGAUUAUCAACCAGAACAGUCAAGAGGGGAAAUUAUAA